AUGCAUUCUCCCCCGGCGACUUCCGCUCAGCAGCAGCAGCAGCAGCAACAACAGGGGUAUCAGAAGCAACCUUCUCGCGCCCUGCUGCUGCUUCUGCUGCUGCUGCUGCACUUACAAAUGGCUGCGACGGGGAGGGGCCCCCAGGGGGCCCCCCAGGAGGGGGGGCCCCCGUGGAGCUGCUGUACCCUUUUCGGUCUGUCUUUGAGUUGGCGCUGCACUUCUACCGCUCAGGCGUCUCUGCAGGUGUUGCUGCUGCUGCUGCUGCAGCAGGAGGAGACCCUUUUGCUGCUGCUGCACUUGUGGGCCUGCUCGGAGACGGAAGCAGCUUCUCAGACAGUGUUGUCCCCGGCAUUUGGGCAGCAGCAUUUUUUGCUGCUCUCGGCGGCCAGCAGCAGCCGGCAGAAGCUGCUGCUGCUGCUGCGCGAGCAGCAGCAGCAGCAGCAGCAGCAUCCAACGACAGCCCUGCCCCUUGCCGCGCAAUUGCUGCUGCUGAUGCUGCAUGCGAAGGAGACCCGCAGCAGCCAUGUGUCUCUCCAGACAGGCCCGGCAGCAGCAGCAGCAGCGGCGGCAGCAGGCGCAACAGCAGGAGCAGCACAACCAGCAGCAACGGCAACACAACCAGCAGCAGCAGCAGCAGCAGCAGCAGCAGCGGAUUCGAAGCAGCUUCGCCUGCCUCCAGUGCCUUUCCUCUAG